CCUGGAGCUCACACAAACCUUCUUACUUAAGAGAUGCUGCCACUUCUCUGCUGUUCCCUGCUGCUCAUCCUCGCCGAACAGUGCUUGAGCAGGACUCACAACAAUGCGCAGCAUGUGUCUCCUGGAGCCGGUGGAGCUGUGGCUGAGCGGCGCCAGUUCUGCCAGUGGCCCUGUAAAUGCCGGGAGCGGCCUCCGUGUUCUCCGGGGGUGAGCUCGGUCCUGGACGGCUGCGGCUGCUGUAAGAGCUGCGCCCGGCAGAUCGGAGAGGCCUGCAACGAGAGGGACGUCUGUGACCCGCACAAGGGCAUGUACUGUGACUUCUCAGCUGACCAGCCCAGAUACGAGGUCGGAGUGUGUGCCUACAUGAUGGCCGUGGGCUGUGACCUGAACGGGGUCCACUAUGAGAACGGUGAAGCCUUCCAGUCCAGCCCCCUCUACAAGUGCACAUGUAUCGCCGGAGCCAUUGGGUGUACGCCUGCUUUCAUCCAGAAGCCCGCCUCUCUGUUAGGCCCCGCCCCUCUGAUGGGCAGCAUGCCAGCCGGCCUCCGCAGCAGCCACGCCCCAAAGAAACAUCAGCAGGACACCACUUACAUGUCAGCUUACAGGGAUCCUCCUUUAGCCUGGAAGAAGAACUGCCUGAUCCAGACCACCCCCUGGAGCCCCUGCUCUAAGACCUGUGGCCUGGGCAUCUCUGUACGCGUCAACAACGACAACAGCAAAUGUGAGAUGAGGAAGGACCGGCGCCUGUGCCUGCUGAGACCAUGUGACAAGAGCAUCCUGAAAAACAUGAAGAUGCCAAGGGGAAAGACGUGUCGCCCUAAGUUUCAAGCGAAGAAAAUGGAGAAGCUCAAGCUGUCGGGCUGCACAAGUACCAAGAAGUUCAAGCCGACGUACUGCGGUGUGUGUACGGACAAACGCUGCUGUGUCCCCAACAAGUCCCGCAUGAUUAAAGUCAACUUCACAUGCACAGGAGGCUCCAGCACUCAGUGGAAGAUGCAGUGGAUAACGUCCUGCGUGUGUCAGAGGAAGUGCAACGAUCCUGGCGACAUGUUCUCUGACCUGCGGUUACUCUGAAGGACUCGCAGACAGACCUGCUGUCGGACACUCAGGACUGAAACAUACCCACGCUGCUCCUCCGCAGCUCAUGAAGAACUAAGGACUAAAAUUUGAAAACCUCAGAUCAAGAAGAAGAAUGGCUGGGAUGUAUUCAUAAAUGAUGAAGCCUGUGCAAUAACAACCAGGAGAA